AAAUGAAGAUCUAAAUUCAUCUAACAAUAGUUUAAUGUAUUUUAAUUUAAAUAAGCUUUUUAAGCCCCCCCCGGAAAAAAAAAAAAACGCUCAUAAAGCCAGCUUUUUAACCAUAUAAAUGCAGUUUUACUCGGAAAAAAAAAAGGGCCAUAUAAAUGCUGAUGCCAUUCCGGUUUCCUUUGUCACAAGUUCAGAUUUUGAUAAUAGAAUAAGAAUCGUUUCUGCAAAUUCAGGGUUUUGGGUUUAAGGGGAUUUUGAUAUUUUUUUCAUGGGUGCCAAUGAAUCACAUACGACGUCUCACGCAGAUGGUGAGGGUCCUUCAUCCAAGCCAAGGCUCGACGAUAUACCAGAGAGCUGCGUGGCGUUGGUUCUAAUGCACUUGGACCCGCUUGAGAUCUGUAAUUUAGCUCGGCUAAAUCGAGCCUUUCACGGUGCUUCUUCCGCUGAUUUUAUCUGGGAAACAAAGCUGCCUUCGAACUAUCGGUUUGUACUGGACAAAGUGUUGGAUGAUGACAAAACUAUGGCAGGCUUAGGGAAGAAAGAUCUUUAUGCCCGGAUGUGCAGGCCAAUCCCUUUUGAUGGUGGCACAAAAGAAAUAUGGCUGGAUAAGAAUACAGCUGGAGUUUGCUUAUCGAUUUCUUCCAAGGCUUUAACUAUUACUGGGAUUGACGACAGGAGAUACUGGAACUGUAUUUCUACUGAUGAAUCAAGAUUUCAGAAAGUAGCAUAUCUUCAUCACAUUUGGUGGCUUGAAGUGGAUGGAGAGUUAGAGUUUCAGUUUCCAGCAGGAAAAUAUAGCUUAUUUUUCAGAGUGCAGCUGGGCAAGCCCACGAAGAAAAUGGGUCGCAGAGUUUGUAACACAGAGCACAUCCAUGGUUGGGAUAUAAAACCUGUAAAGUUUGAGCUAACAACUUCAGAUGGUCAACAUGCUGCGUCUGAAUGUUUCCUGGAAAAUCCUGGAAACUGGGUUAACUACCAUGUGGGAGAUUUUGUUGUAUUGCAUCCGAAUGAAUUGACAAAUAUUAAAUUUUCGUUGACACAAAUUGAUUGCACUCACACCAAAGGAGGGCUUUGUUUAGAUGCUGUUUUUAUAUACCCAAGUAGCUUAGGCACUGAGAUUAGCACAACAUUGAAGAUGUGACGAACCAUUUGAUUUCUGUCCAUCUUAUUAUUUUUCAUCAUGGUUGCUCAAUGCCGUGCAAUUGUACAUGUGUAAAACGAGUUGAUGAAUCAUGUAAAUAUCCAAAGCAAGAAAUUCAACAUUUUCCCCCUAUUUCUUAAAUACAUAAA